AUGUUGAUGUUCUUCUCGUUUGCUGGCAAGUGCCUAAAUACCAUAUCUCUUGGAGAGCCGAUCAAAGGCCUCGAACUAUUUCAAUAUGCACCAAAACAAUUUGAAGGGGUACUGGUCUUAUUGGAGAGCCAGAUCCGCUUGUAUACGCACCUUCAUCUAUUGGACAUUAUGAAGUUGGACAGACCGUUGUCUUGGAUGAAGUUCGGACCAUUUGGAAGAGAAGAAGGAGCCCUUAUUAUCGGUACAAAAGAUGGCGGUCUUCUGGUGAAACUGUUUCGGCGGAAAGCUUCACUUGACGAGAAAAUCGAUCUUAAUCCACAAACAAAAGCCUAUAAUAUCAAGUUGAAUAUACCGAAAAAGACUAAGAUAUUCAUCGAUCAAACAGUUCGGGAACGAGAAAAUGUCAAUCAAAUCAAUCAGACUUACCAACGGGAUUUGUUUCUUAUCAAACAUCACACGACGGUAGCAUUUGCUGCUCUUGCACAGACGUCAGCCACGUCCAUAUCUACCGAUCCGAAUCAUUCAGUUGACAUCGCCGUAACCGUUAAUGGAUUCGGACCCAAAUUCAGGAUCACCAUCAAACUAAGUUGUGCCACUAAAACUCCUCUGUACAAUCUAUGGCUAUCUAUGAUUUAUACACCAAGCAUUUAUCGCUUCGACCAAACUCUGAUACCAGUAUCUAUCUUGAUGCCCGGACAUUUUUACACAUUCACGACUCUCGUCGAAUGUCUUGAGCCAGAGAAGGGGCUCACAGAAGACAUUCGAGUACUGCUCAUCAAAGAAGAUAAGCCUACACCUAUUGUUACGGCUAUAGUUACAAUGCCAGCCAGUGAAAUGAGCUUACUGAAUUGA